GUAGACUAGGCUAGAUUGGGGGAGCCAUCGUUGGCCUUAUCUCUCAGGUUUGGCCGGCAAGAAAUUAUGUCAAAAUGCCCAGACUUCGGCUCCACAGACUAAGUGAACUUUCGCCCCGAUCGCUUUUGCGACGAACGUCAAUUCGAGCCGACAACCUUCCCGUUCCCUUUCCCUCCUCCUUCUCCGCCACGUCGCCAUCUUCUUGACAGCCCGAACUCGCCAGUGCUCACUCUUCUCCCUUCCUUCCACAUCAUGGCGGGCAUGUUCAAGAACAUGUUUGGCGGCUCCCAGCCGUCGGGGUCAGCAAAGGUUGAGGAUGACUUUGCGGACUUUGUGAAAGCACCAGAGCCUUCUCCUGCCUCGAUCAUAGCAGCUGUCUCCUCUGGUGUUCCUGCGUCGAGUACCCCGGGUGUCAGCGCCGUUCCGUAUACGAAAUGGUACCGAGUCUGGGAGCGGACAUCCCCCAAAGACUUCCUCCAGGAGGCAAUGGUCAUGCCAUUCAUCCUUCUAAUUGUAGUCUUCCACCUCUGGGGCACGCGGAAGAACCGUCGCAAGGCUCGGGAAUGGGCCCAAGCUCAUGCGCCCUCUCUCCAGAAUGAGUUCGCGGUCGUCGGUUUCAAUGGCAUCCAAAGGUCCGAGGAUGAGGCCGCCGCGGUGCUGUCCUCCCCUGAUUCGAUCAUAAAGGAGAAGUCUGCUCAGGAAUUCGUCUCUUACGCCACUGGCCGCCAGAACGUGGCCUUUGUUGACGUCGCUAUCAAGUUGCCUAAGCGGUACAACCCGAUCACGUACUGGAUGGACGUUGUCUUCGGUUUCUUGUUUGAGAGCUGGACUAGCCCCACGGAGACCUACGAAGCGACUGCGUACACUUUUGAUGGCAAGGAGAAGGAUGUCGUCCCGGUCCCGGCUAAGGACACCUCUUCUCUCAAGGUGAACAACUCGACCUACGAUGGAUUUAUCUGGGCCAUUGUGCACAAGAACUACAUGCGUCAGUUCCGCCAGGACCGCUACGAUGCUUCUAUGACUUUCACCAAGGAGAACCCGAAGCUUCCACCUUGGGUGACCGUCAUGACAGAAAGUGCCGAGAUCACCGAAACGCUGCUUACCCCGGAAUUGAUCCAGGCUGUUGAGAAGGCCGGCGAUGAUUUCAAGUACCUUAUUGUCACUGACCAGCCUGUUGAUAAGCCUCAAAAGAUCGAGGAGACUGUCCCUCGCAAACGUGUUCAUAUCUGCUUGUCCCUGCCCUCAUCCACUUCCGGCUACGCUUCUUCCAUUCCACUAUUCAACCAAUUCCUCCGUUUCGCUGACAGGCUCGUCGCCGUGGCUCACUUCCGCGCCGAGGUGAUGCGCAAGGUCCGCCACGCACGUGAGGAGGAGAUUAAGAAGCUCCGUCGUGCGGACGAGGAGGAGAAGGCCGAGGAACGCAAGCUGGCAGCUGAAAAGAUUAAGAAGGAGGAGCGGGAACGCAUUCUGCGUGGCAUGAACGCUGAGGAGCAGCGGAAGUUCCUUGAGCGUGAGCGUGAGCGGGGCCAGAAGCGGUCCAUGAAGAAGUACAGCAAGAGAGGGUAAUCUCCCACGGUGAGAGAUCGGGAAGGAGAGGAAAUAAUUGGAGAAAAGUGAUUGGAUCUCCGUUGCUAUAGUUUCAUAACUUCGUGUACCAUGUAUUCGUACUUAAUUCUUAUGAGGUGCUGAGAGAUGAAGGAAAUUGGACGUUAAUAGCUUUAUUGUGAUGAUACAGCCUUGCAUGAUACCAUUUUCCGAGUUCUCCAUCUCCAGGUUGACAGCGCCCCAUGUGCUGAUUCUCAAUCUUUUACCAUUUGAGCACAGGGAUGAGGCCAGCCAGAGCGAAAGGGAUAUUGCUUGCAAGACGCCACACAGACUUUUGACUAUCAGACUGUCC